AGCGCUCACAUUUCGUCUAUUAAUAGUAACAACAAUCUGAUCGUUCACCCAUUCUAUCUACUCUAUAAUAUAGUGCGAAAAUCGAAGAACUUACGUACUUUUAAUUUUUACUUGGAGUGCCCGAAUGGUUUACGCCAUCUCACAUUUUCUAAAGAAAAAAAAACUGCGUUGCGAAUAAUGAAAACGAGUGAAUAAAUGGAGAUGGAUGAUCCGUUUAUUUAAACCAAUCAUACGAGUAAAUUUCAAAAAGAGGAUAAUUGAGCAUAAGGGAGAGUUCCAGAGAUGAGGGAUGCUAUCUUGCCGAAACGAAAUAAUAAAGUAGCAACCUUGAAAUCAAAGCCAUCUUUAGAAAUUUAUCGACCUCCUGGCGUUAGAACUGAUGGACCUCAUAUAAUACAUCCUUCUACACCUAAUAUAAUAAAUCCACAAUUGAAUGUACAUGCUAAAGAAUUUACUAUGAAACAAAAUGACUAUCAAUUACCUAUCUCGGAAUUGAAUUUAGUGGAUCGUCCUUACUAUAUUCAACACAGUAAGUCAAGUGGAAAUAUACAUCAAUACCUUUGUUCACAGCAUCAGCAACAGCUUCAUUAUCCAUUGCAAUAUCAAUCGUCAACCAAUUCACAGCAUCAUACAACAAAUUAUCAUCCUUUAACAAUGACAAUGCAUCAGCCACAUAUUCUUAAUACAUCUACAUUUAGCGGAAAUAUCUUACACAAUGCUGGUCAAGUUCACUUUAGUGUAGAACACGAUAUAAAAUCUGCAAUCUCAAAACCAGGCAAAUUGACAAAAUCAUUAUCUUUUAUUUCAUCCUAUGGUUUAAGACGUACAAAAAGCUUCACAGUUUCUGACAUUUUAAUGACUAAAACUAUGAAUAUUGCAGAUAUAUCAGAACUUGGAAAGUUUCCUUCUAAUAUACAAGAAAUAUUGUUUCAAGCAAUCGAUAACCCAAAUGUUCUGAGCGCACGAGUACUUAUGGAACUUGUAAAACAUAUAUUAAUACGAGUCAUCGAAAAUCAGUGUUGCGCUGAACCAGCAGCUAAAAUAUGUAUUAUAAUAAUUGAACAAGAAGCGAAAGAGACAUUUCUGGAGUCCUUACUUAACACGUGUCAGCAAUGGUAUCAAGAACGCAAUAUAACACUAGAGGAUAUUUCUUUACAUCACCAUUUUUCGGCUUUUAUGUCAUUCCUCAAUGAGAUGUACUGUCAGUUGAAACGUCUUCAGCUACAGCUAAAAACACAGCAGGAAGGUAUUCCUCCAGGACGAGUACUGCUCACGCUACUAUGGAAAUGCUGUCAAGAUUGUUUACGUCCCCCAAUGAUUAAUUCUCAUACAGAAAUGAAUUCCCUGUUCUUUAUACUGACGUGUAUUGGUAAAGACCUAGCGACAGAGUUGCCUACACAACUGCAACAACUUCUGGGAGGCGUACGAGAUGCCUUCCUCAAUGAAGAUACAACUUCGCCAGCAGUACGUAAGACUUUGCUUCAGCUAAUCGAACUACACGCAGCUCAUUGGCAAUUACCUGCCACUGCAGUUGUUUAUUACUAUCCAGGCUCCGCAAAAUGAUGAUAAUUUAAAAAAUGGCAGUCUACUACACCAUUUUUCGUCGAUAUUAUCUAAUUUCAUUAUUACCUUUGUAAAGACAAAUUUCUGGAACAAUAUAAUUAAAACUUUCACAUCUUUA